AUGUCUUGUUCCUAUCUUGUUAUACAUCUUAGUUUGCAUUGGAAAUAUUCACCCUUACCAUCCCUACUAUGGGUCUCCGAUGCUAUAUCCGUUAUUGUUGGUUUGUUUUUUUGUUAUGCUGGGUUAUUUGGCGAGGGCCAAGAAGGUGAAGAUUUCCAUCUUUUGGAGCCUCUCUUGAAAAGUAGUUCUAAUCCAAGCAAUUUUGACUACGGACAGGGAUCAAAUUUCAAUGGAGAGAGAGUAACUCCAUAUGCAAAUGCCAAUCUUCUUAGUAUUUUUACUUUUGCUUGGAUGGGCCAUUUACUUGCAGCCGGAUAUAAAAAAACAUUGGACCUUGAAGAUGUUCCUCAGCUUGCCAAUUGUGAUAGUGCGAAGGUGGUCUUUACUUGUUUUAAAAAUAAACUUGAAUCCGAUGGUAAAUAUGGGGGCAAUGUUGGUCAGAUAAGCACAAUCAAACUAUUGAAGGCAUUGAUUCUCUCAACAUGGAAAGAAAUUUUAUGGACAUUUCUAUUCUCCAUUAUACGUACAUUGGCAUCGUAUAUUGGACCAUACCUUAUUGAUGUCUUUGUUGAAUAUCUCAAGGCCCCUCACCAACUGAAAUUUAAAGGUUAUAUGCUAGUGUUCAUUUUCUUUCUUUCAAAGCUUAUAAUGAACCUCUCAGAGAGGCAUUUGUUCUUUCAAUUGCGAAGGAUGGGAAAUAGGGUCCGUGCAGCCUUAUUAGGAAUAAUAUAUAAGAAGAGUCUCAGACUUUCAAGCCAAUCAAAGCGGGUGCACACUAUUGGGGAGAACACAAAUUUGAUUAGUGUUGAUGUUGAAAGGACUGGUUUCUUCAGUUGGUAUUUGCAUGAUAUAUGGAGGGUGCCUCUUCAGAUUGUUCUAGCAUUGUUGAUUUUAUACACCAAAAUUAGGCUUGCUUCACUUGUGGCUCUUGUUGCCACAAUGAUUUUGAUGAUGGCGAAUGUUCCACUGGGAAAACUACAUGAAAAGUUACAAGAAAAAUUAAUGGAUUCAAAGGAUCAAAGGAUGAAGAUGACAACUGAGGCUUUAAGGAAUAUGAGGAUUCUCAAACUCCAGGGCUGGGAGAUGAAGUUCUUGGCUAAGAUACUUGAGCUCAGAAAGUUAGAAACAAGAUGGAUAAAAAAGUUACUUUAUACAUCAGCCCUUACUGGCUCUGUUUACAUGUCUGCUCCUAUGUUUGUAUCCAUGGUUACUUUUGGGUUCUGUAUGCUUAUGGGAAUUCCACUAGAUUCAGGGAAGAUAUUAUCUGCACUUGCAACAUUUGAAAUAUUACGAGGGCCUAUUUAUAAUCUCCCAGACACAAUCUCCACGGUAGUUCAAACUAAAGUUUCUCUUGACAGGAUUGCCUCAUUCCUCUGUCUCGAUGAUCUUCAUCCGGACAUAAUACAAAAGCUUCCAAGAGAUUGUAUCGAGGUUGCAGUUGAGAUAGUUAAUGGGAAUUUCUCUUGGGACCUUCAAUCCCCUAAUCUCACAUUAAAAGAUCUUAAUUUUCAAGUGUGUCAUGGUAUGCGAGUGGCUGUUUGUGGUUCUAUUGGGUCAGGAAAGUCAAGCCUAAUUUCAUGCAUAUUGGGGGAAGUGCCAAAGGUAUCUGGAGUCAUUAAAUUGAAUGGGACGAAGGCUUAUGUACCACAAUCACCUUGGAUACAAAGUGGAAAUAUAGUAGAUAAUAUAUUAUUUGGUAAAGAGAUGGACAACGAAAGAUAUGAAAUGAUCCUUGAAGCAUGUUCACUGAAGAAGGACAUAGAAUUAUUAACCUUUGGGGACAAGACUAUCAUAGGAGACAGAGGGGUCAACCUUAGUGGUGGGCAAAAACAAAGGAUCCAGAUUGCACGUGCUUUAUACCAUGAUGCUGAUAUUUAUCUACUCGAUGAUCCUUUUAGUUCUGUGGAUGCUCACACUGGAACUCAUCUAUUGAAGGAGUGCUUGCUUGGAAUUUUGGGCUCAAAAACAGUAAUUUAUGUCACCCACCAAGUCGAGUUUUUAACUUUUGCUGAUCUUAUCUUGAUUAUGAGAGAUGGUAGGAUUACUCAAGUAGGAAAGUAUGAAGAAAUUCUUAGAUCAGGAACCGACUUUAUGGAUUUAGUAGAUCCACACAAGAGAGCUUUGACAAAACUUAAUUUCAUCAAAUGCGGGACUGUUUCAGAUAAUUUAAUUAAUGGUGAGGAAGAUAAUGGUAAUAUGCUAUGUAGCGAGAAGUCUAUUCAAGAGGAUAAGGAAAGAGAAACAGAAAAAAUUGUUGGACAAGAAGGGCAGCUUGUCCAAGAAGAAAAGAGAGAAAAGGGUAGAGUUAGUCUUUCAUUCUACUGGAAGUAUAUUACUAUUGCAUAUAAAGGGGCUUUUGUACCAUUGAUAUUGCUCGCAGAAAUUAUUUUCCAACUUCUCCGAAUAAUAAGCAGUUAUUGGAUAGUGUUGGCUACUCCCACUUCAGAGGAUAUGAAACCCCAUAUUAGAGGAUCCACUAUCAUCUUUGUUUAUGUUGUUUUGACCCUUGGAAGCUCUCUUUGUGAACUUAUAAGGACCAUGCUCAUGGUAACUACUGGAUAUAAGACGGCCACUCUACUAUUCAACAAAAUGCAUUUGUGCAUUUUUCGUGCUCCCUUAUCAUUUUUUGAUUCUACUCCGAGUGGAAGAAUACUAAACCGGGCAUCUAUAGAUCAAAGUAUAGUUGAUACCUCCAUUCCACGCCAAAUUCAAGAACUUCUUAUCUCAACUAUAGAAUUCUUAGGAACUGUUGCAGUAAUGUCACAGGUUUCGUGGCAAAUGUUAAUGGUUUUUAUUCCAAUGUCUGUGGCAUGUAUAUGGUACCAGAAAUACUACCUAUAUGCAGCACGAGAACUAUCACGCCUGACGGGAGUUUGCCAGGCUCCAAUUAUACAAUAUUUUACAGAAUCUAGUUUAGGUUCAACCAGAAUCAGGUGCUUCGAUCAAGAAGAAAGAUUUAUGGACACAAAUCUCAAGCUAGUGGAUGCAUAUUUUCAGCCAAAAUUUCAUCUCUCUGGUGCAACAGAGUGGUUAUGCUUCCGCAUGGAUAUGUUAGCAUCUAUCACAUAUGUCGUCUCUUUAGUUUUCCUACUCUCAGUGCUGAAGGGAGUGCUUAGCCCGGGUGUGUUGGGCUUAGCAGUCACAUAUGGGCUUAGUUUCAGUCUGCAUGGACUCAUAUGGGAUCUUGGCAGUCUUGAGAAUAAAAUCAUAUCCGCUGAGAGAAUACUACAAUACACCUGUAUCCCUAGUGAACCCCCUCUGUUGAUAGAAAAAAAUAGGCCAAGUCAUGAAUGGCCAUCACAAGGGAAAGUUGAUAUUAUUGAUCUACAGGUCCGGUAUGCGCCACACCUUCCCCUUAUCUUGCAAGGUCUCACAUGUACAUUUUUUGGAGGGAUGAAAAUUGGCAUCGUUGGGCGAACUGGAAGUGGUAAAUCAACACUUGUACAGGCUCUUUUUCGUAUGCUUGAACCUACAGCCGGUCAAAUUUGUAUAGAUGGUAUCAACAUCGCCACGAUUGGCCUUCAUGACUUGCGGUCAAGAUUGAGCAUCAUUCCACAAGACCCAACAAUGUUUGAGGGAACUCUAAGAAGCAAUCUUGACCCACUUGAAGAGUACACUGACGAAGAGAUCUGGGAGGCUUUAGAUAAAUGCCAGCUUGGUGAUGAAAUAAGAAAGAAGGAAGGAAAGCUUGAUUCUGCAGUGACUGAGAAUGGAGAAAAUUGGAGCAUGGGUCAAAGGCAGCUAAUUUGUUUAGGGCGAGUAUUGCUCAAAAGGAGCAAAGUGUUAAUACUUGAUGAAGCUACUGCAUCAGUGGAUACUGCAACUGACUAUUUAAUUCAACAAAUACUUAGGAAACACUUUUCAGAGUCUACUGUCAUCACAAUUGCACAUAGAAUAACUUCAAUUCUUGAUAUUGAUAUGGUCCUCCUCCUCGACAAUGGACUUAUAAUAGAAUAUGAUUCUCCAACCAAAUUGCUAGAGAUCAAGUCGUCAUCGUUUGCAAAGCUUGUUAAGGAGUAUACUCAAAGAUGUAAUUCUUAA